GGCGAUGCUGCUGAUGUGACGUAUAAUCUAGUGGACGGAACGCUUCUUUCAACAGCAACAACAGUUAGUCAGACACCUCGGUAGCUUGCUAGACAAAAUAGACGAACCAAUAAAGAUCUUUAGAGGCUUUAGUGUUUAUUAGCCACUAGGUUUUAAACACACUUCUGUCGUCUUGUUAGUUAUCCCAUUUACGGCGUUGUUAUUAUUGGUCUUCUAGCUGGCUGGUUAAGUUAGCAUUAGCAUAGCUAGCUAACAUCUCCGACAAUGAGUUCACUAAACUACUCUCCUGAUAAAGAAGAGGAGGUCUGCUGGACGGAGGAAGAGGGUCUCAUGAAAGAGGAAGAGGAGGCAGUUACAAUACAAAAACAAGUAGAGGGUGAGGCUGUUACCGUGAAAGAAGAAGAGAAAGACGUUUCAGUGAAAGAAGAGGAAGACUCGUUCAGAGUGAAAGAGGAGGAGGAUGUUACAGUAAAAGAAGAGGAGGAAGAUAAAGAGGAGGAGAUGACUGUCACGUCGAAAAAGGAGGAGGAAGAAGAUGAGGAAACUGAAUAUCUGGGCCCGGUUUCCCAAAGGCAUUUUAAGGCAUCCAAUGGUUCUAACGAUGAAGUUAGCAGUAAGAUGGUUUUGAGAAACCGUUCCUCGAUUAACACUAGAGAGAGACGUGACAAUCGUGGAUCCACUGGGGAGCCUCAACAACCUCACGAAGCUGACGAGGCAGACAAGAAUCUCUCCACAUCAGAACAUCUCAAGCGGAAACCCACAGGGAGGAAAUCUCUCCACUGCUCUGACCGUGGGAAGAGUUACUCAAUAUCAGGUUCACUGAAAGUGCACCAGAGAUUUCACACAGAAGAGACAUCUCACUGCUGCUCUGACUGUUGGAAGAGAUUCACCUCUUCAGCAGAGCUCAAAAGACAUCAGAGAAUCCAUACAGGAGAGAAACGUAAUAGCUGUGAUCAAUGUGGGAAGAGUUUUAAUGCUCCAAGCAGCCUGAAAACACACCAGAGAAUACACACAGGAAAGAAACCUUAUAGCUGCUCUGACUGUGGGAAGACCUUUUCAAAACUAUAUACAUUACAAUCACACCAGAGAAUUCACACUGGAGAGAAACCCCAUAGCUGUGAUCAAUGUGGGAUGAGUUUUACAACAUCUAGUCAUCUGACUAUUCACCAGAGAACACACACAGGAGAGAAACCUUAUAGCUGUGAUCAAUGUGGGAAGACAUUUUCCAAAUUAUAUACAUUACAAUCACACCAGAGAAUUCACACAGGAGAGAAACCUCAUAGCUGUGAUCAAUGUGGGAUGAGUUUUACUACAUCUAGCAAUCUGACUAUUCACCAGAGAACACACACAGGAGAGAAACCUCAUGGCUGUAAUCAAUGUGGGAAGAGUUUUGUUACAUCCAGCAAUCUGACUAUUCACCAGAGAACACACACAGGAGAGAAACCUUAUAGCUGUAAUCAAUGUGGGAAGAGUUUUGUUACAUCCAGCAAUCUGACUAUUCACCAGAGAACACACACAGGAGAGAAACCAUAUAGCUGUAAUCAAUGUGGAAAGUGUUUUGCUCAUGCAGGCAACCUGGUAGCACACCUGAGAAUACACACUGGAGAGAAACCUUAUAGCUGUGAUCAAUGUGGGAAGAGUUUUACUUCAUCUAGCCAUCUGACUACACACCAGAGAACACACAGGAGAGAAACCUCAUAGCUGUCAUCAAUGUUGGAAGAGAUACUCUGAUAAAAUAUCUGUGAUUUAAACAUCAGAAAAUACAUUUAUGAAGGACUUGUUUCAUGAAAUCAGUGAAAUAAUGUCACAAUGUAGAAUGUUUUAACAUUGUAGUAGGAGUGUUCUAAUGAUGUCACAAUGUAGAAUGUUUUAACAUUGUAGUAGGAGUGUUCUAAUGAUGUCACAAU